AUGAACGUGGUGGACAGCGACAACUCGCGCUCCUCCCACCGCGCGAACGUCCUAGAGCGCAAGCGCCUGGAGCAGGUCUUCGACAUCCUGGAAAACGCCAAGCUCAACCUGGCCAUCGACCUGCGCAAGUCCCAGGCCAACUACCGGCGGCAGCUCCAGAUUUACCGCCACCGGCAGCGGCAGAUCGUAAUGUCAAGGUCGAACAGUUUACUCUCCGAAUCCGACGUCCUGCCGGUCAGUCCGAGGAAUGUUAUUUCAAGGGCGGAUAACCGGGCCAAAACAGGGGAGAUCACUCCGAGAAGUAAUGACGUCGGCGGAGACGUGAACCCCGAAGAGCAUGCGCAUACCAAAGACGACGUCGGGAAGACACCCGCCGUGACGUCACUUCCGUCAGACGAGCCUUUCGUCACAAAACUGAGCCCAGCGUCACGUACUAUUCAAAGGGAAGCAACUGUAACACUCGGUUCAAAUUCUCCCAGACGCGAAAAAAACACGGCGAAAGUUUCACCCUACACCGCAAAAGUGCCCACCGCCAUAUCUUUUCCCCCUUUACAACCCAAACCCAAGGGAGAGAAUAAAUUAUCCCCCUUGACCAAGCCCACUAGUCAGUCAGGAAAAGACAAUUCGCGAGAUGAGUACACAGAUGCUAUUUUAGAAAUCGGGAAAAUGUCCAGCCGACAAAGAUCAAAGCUUGACCUUCGCCCCAGAACUGCCUGGACGUUGCUAGUGGGUGCAGGGGAAGCCCACAAGCCCGACGAUCAAAAACCCGUAAGCCCAGUGUUGCCAGUGGUGGAGGGGAGGAUCGGUGACCCGAAACAGCAGGUCCGAUAUUUCGAGAAAGAUGAAAUAGAAGAAAGAGGAACGUUCUACAACUUCCUAGUUCAAGGCCGUCUGCAGCGAGAACAGACGAGAUUUCGACACAUCUGUGAAAAAAUCAACGGAUUUUGUACAGACUUUGGAAGCAGAAACUAAACAAACGCUAACACUUGCUAGUUUCUUAUGCGCGUGCGUUAUGUACGCGGCGCAUUGCAUUGUGGGUUGUACCGGUGUCUAUAAAUAGAUUAAAUGCUAUU